AUGGCCUCGCAGCAUCAGAUCCCUAGGCACGGUGAUGUGAUGGACAUUGGUGGAAGCCGAAUGCAUGAGGACAUCGGAGAGAGGCUCUCGAGGGUCCUGACAGCCGUCUAUGGCCCCAAUGCAAAGCCAACACUUCCAGAUGAGCUUCUGUACACCGAUGUUGGACUGCCCAUAUGGAACGAGAUCAUCUUCACACCCGAGUUCUAUCAGACGCAUGACGAGAUCGCACUCUUUGAUGCACACGGAAGCGAGCUCGUUAGGCGGCUCCAGCCCGGCGUGACCUUGGUUGAUCUGGGAGUCGGUGACACCCGCAAGGUAGAGCAUCUGUUGGCGUGUUUUGAAAAGGCGCAGCUGGAGGCCACCUACUUGGCCCUCGACAUCUCCAAAGCGUCACUGGAGCAUAGCGUGGGCUACCUGCUCGACAAGCAUUCGGCUGCGGACGCCGCCAAGGUGACCUGCGCAGGUUUGUGGGGGACGUUCCAGGAUGGGAUGACCUAUGUCCAGGGAAUCAAGAGCCAGAGGCUGUUUCUCUCCUUGGGCUCCGUGCUUUGCAACGACCCCUGGCCCGAAGCUCUGAACCACCUCAAGUACUGGGCGAAAGCACUCCGGCCCAACGAUCUCCUCUUAGUGGGAAUGGACGGCCACUUGCUGCCCCAAGACAAGGACAAGAUCUGGGCCGCCUACCACUCACGAGACGACCUGUACCGGAAGUUCUUCCUCAGUGGAUUUGAACAGGUGAACGAAGCGAUUGGGGAAGAGUGGUUCCAGGAAAAAGACUGGGACUUCAUGGCGCAGCUCGAAGAGAAGCCAACGACUCGGCACCGAUUCUUCUUCCGCGCCAACAAGGACGUCACGAUCCACAAGCUUGGUCGGACGUUCAAGGAAGGUGAAGAGCUAGACUGGUUCGACUCUCACAAGUAUGGAGAGGAGAGCGUUCGACUCAUGUGCCAUAAGGCGGGACUGAGUGUGAUCAGUGUCUGGCAAGCACCCAACUCCGAGUUUCGGCAAUAUCUUCUCAAAACGAAGGGGGAGUUGGACCAAAAAGACGAUGGAGAUAGCGCCGUAUCAGGGCUAAUCUUGUAG